UCCUUGAAUGGAUGGGGAGGGAGGCAGGGCGAAAUCAUGACGAACCAUAUCUCGGAGGUGAUCCUGCGCGACGCCGCGGCCGAGGUGACGAUCAUGCGGUGCGCGUACUUCAUGGAGAACUGGGCGACGGCGGUGCAGGAGGUGCGGCACAAGGACCAUCCGUUUCUGGAGACGGUGAUCACGCCGGUGGAGUUUGAGGUGCCCAUGGUCGCGGUCAAAGACAUCGGCUACCACAGCGCGAAAUGCAUUCUGUCCACCGAGACGGACCGGGCAGGAUCAUCGCCGUAUGUGUUCGAGCUGCACGGGCCGCGCGAAUAUUCGUCCGUCGAUGUGCAGCGGGCAUUCGCCAAGGUGCUGGGCCGCGAGGUGGAGCUGCGCCCCGUCGCGAAGGAGGAUCUGACGGAGUACUUCGGGCGGUUCUUGCCGGAGACUGCCGUCGGGCCGUUCGUGGAGAUGACGCUGAGUUUCCUGCCGGGGGGCGUGAUGCAUAAGCAGUAUGAGCAGAGACACGAUGUGCGGGUGGUGCGGGGGGAGGUCGAGCUGGAGGAGGUCGUUGCGGGGCUGUUGGGCGAGGAGGGGAGGAAGUAUUUUGAUGAUGUGCGGUUGUAGGGUUUUGACGGCGGCGGAAAAUGGCUGGCGUAUGGUUUGAUGGUUGUUUUGUGAUGGUUUAUGCUGGACUCGCGUCUCUGAGACUGGGCGAGGAGAUGAGUUUGUCUGAGUGCUAUCCUGUACUGUACUUAUUUCCGUGGCGCGAUUGGCCCUACCCCUUUCCUUGCUUUGGUUCUUAUGCUCUGUCUGUCCCUGUAGUAUAUCUGCUAGCUAGUCGUGGGAUCAGAGUCGGAAUGCUUCUCAUUCAGAGCUAGAGCACGGAAACUUGAUGUCUUGUUGUUUUCUCUUCGAGAACAUGGGUAAAUAGGGCUUUCUAGAAGUUAUCCUAUGAUUCAACAAAAGCUUGACUGUUGGCCGCUGU